AUGGACCAGCAGCAAGGCCAGCAGGGCCCCAUGGGUCCCGCCGGUCGCCGUCUGCACAUCGCGCAUCGCCGCAGCCCUUCUGAGCUGACGCCUCUCAUGAGUACGUUCUUCACCCGUGCAGCGACAAUGUCCACGCUCAAAACAGUCACUAACAUGCCUCUUCUAGUGGAGCAACUCGCUAUCGCACAGCAGAUCGAAGUCCUCCAGCAGCAACAGCAGCAAAUCGCCGCAACACACCAGCAGUAUGUCAACAUGGGCAUGAUCCAGCCGCAGCAGCAGCUCGGCAACUUCCAGAUGCCAGGUCAGAUGCCAAAUGUCUCGCCCCAGGUCAACAACUACCAGUUCGCCCAGCAGAUGCAGAUGCCCCAGCAGCAGCACCUCGCCGUUCCCAUGAACGCUCCUGCCCAGCCAUCCGCCCAUCGCCGUAACCAGUCCGCCCUCCCCAACGUGGGCAUGGGCCCGCCCCCAGCACCUUCAUCGGGUGCGUCCGGUUUCGGUGAAUUCGGUGGACAACAGGGAAACCAGGGUCGAGAGAACGUGAACCCACGCGGUCGAGGUGGUGGCGGCGCCGGUGCCUCUGGACACACGCGUCGUCACUCUUUGGCCCUCGCCGACGCCAAGAAGGCGGCUGAGCAGGCUGAGCAGAAGAGAAAGACUUCUGGCUUCCAGUUCCCCCUUCCUUCGGCGGGCGGUAGUUCAAAUCGCGAUGCUAGCCCUAGCGGCAACAGUGCUUCUAAUGACAGCUCAUCUACCCGUGGUGGACGAGGUGGUCACGGCCGCAGUCAGAGCAUGGCUGUAGGACGCGGCGGCGGAAGCGCCGGCCGUGGAGGACCUGCCUUCUCUUUUCCCCAGGCUGCUGAACCAGCUGCUCCUGCCGCUCCGGCCCCGGCCCCGGCCCAGGCUGGUCAGACAGACUUCCAGCGUCGUGGCAGCCAGGGCCACGGUCGCAGUCAGUCACGCAACUUCGAAGGCAACUGGAGACAGCCACAAACCCAGGCCAACACCGCUCAACAGCAGUCGACUCCAGACAACCAAGCCCAAAACAUGGGCAACUUCAACAUGAAUCAGACCGCCAAUGCCCCUCCUUUCCAACCUGGACACCGCACCCGCGGAUCCGUCAACCAGUCUGUUGGCACCCUUGGCAACUUUCAGUACGCUGGCCAGCAGCAGCAACAGAUGAUGCAGAGCCCACAGGCUCAGCUCCUGUUGCAGCAGCAGAUGUUCGGCCAGCCCCUCAACCCUAUGCAGAUCGCCCACUUGCAGGCACUCCAGGCAGCCCAGAUGGGAGGUGGCGGCAUGGCUCUCAACCUCAGCCAGCAUGCCGGUCAACCCCAGAUGGGCAUGCAACAACAGCAGCAGCAGCGCAAGACUUUGUUCACUCCUUAUCUUCCCCAGGCAACUCUGCCAGCCCUACUCGGCGACGGCCAGCUCGUUGCUGGAAUUCUCCGUGUUAACAAGAAGAACCGCAGCGAUGCCUAUGUUACGACGACGGACCUGGAUGCUGACAUUUUCAUUUGUGGUAGUAAAGACAGGAACCGAGCCCUCGAGGGCGACUUGGUGGCGGUAGAGCUGCUCGAUGUCGACGAAGUCUGGGGUCAAAAGCGCGAGAAGGAAGAAAAGAAGAAGCGCAAGGACAAUGCUGACCCUCGCGGUGGUAGUAUCGCCGUGAACGAUGCCACCACUCAACCUGAGACCGGCUCUGAAGGUGGCAUUCGUCGACGUGGCAGUCUGCGCCAGCGGCCCACACAAAAGAAGAAUGAUGAUGUCGAAGUCGAGGGACAGAGCUUGCUUCUCAUGGAAGAGGAGGAGAUCAACGAUGAAUUGAAGCCUCUGUACGCUGGGCACAUUGUCGCUGUCAUUGAGCGUGUCGCUGGACAGAUGUUCUCUGGAUCUCUUGGACUUUUGCGUCCUAGCAGCCAGGCCACCAAGGAGAAGCAAGAGGCUGAGCGACAAGCCCGGGAAGGCCACUCCGGUCGCCCCCAGCCUGAACGUCAAGACAAGCCCAAGAUUGUCUGGUUCAAGCCGACCGACAAGCGUGUGCCCUUGAUCGCCAUCCCCACUGAGCAAGCACCCCGAGAUUUCGUCGAGAAGCACCAGGACUAUGCCGACCGCAUCUUUGUGGCAUGCAUCAAGCGAUGGCCCAUUACUUCCCUCCAUCCUUUCGGUACCCUCGUUGAGCAACUUGGCGUCAUGGGUGACCUUAAGGUGGAAACCGAUGCUCUUCUCCGUGACAACAACUUCGGUCCAGACGACUUCUCAGAUGCCGUUAUCAAAAAUGUUGGAUUCGAAGACUGGACUGUCGCCAAUGAUGGAGAGGAUGCCUUGAAGAAUCGUCGUGAUUUCCGCAAUGAAGAGACUUUCACCAUUGAUCCCAACGGAAGCAAGGAGCUCGACGAUGCGAUCCAUUUCAAGUAUCUUGAGGAUGGCCGCGUUGAGAUUGGUAUGCAUGUUGCUGACGUUGCGCACUUCAUCAAGGCCAACUCUCUCGUCGACCGUGAGGCCAAGAAGCGCGGUACAGCGGUAUAUCUCAUGAACAGGACUGUCAACAUGCUUCCACCCCGCUUGUCCAAUGACAUCUGCUGCCUCAACCCUGGCGAAGAGCGUUACACGGUCAGCAUUGUCUUCAAGGUCGAUCCCCAGUCCGGUCGUGUUUUCGAAGACGAGACUUGGGUUGGCAAGGCUGUGAUCAAGAGCUCUGGCAAAUUGUCAUAUGACGAGGUCGACACUGUUAUCAACGGUAGCGACGGUGAGGUCACGGCUGCUCGCACCAAGGACAUCAAGAUGCUUCAUCACAUCACCCAAAAGUUUCGUCAGGCUCGUUUCGGUGGCCGCAGUAGCGAUGUGCCGGCUCUCCGACUCAUGUAUCAGUUGGAUGAUGAGAACGUUCCGGUCGAGCAGAACAUCUUCGAUUCCUCGCCCGCUCAUGAGUGCAUCGAGGAGCUUAGCCAUCUGGCCAAUGCGACCAUCGCCAAGAAGCUCGCUACUGGUCUGCCGGAGAAGGCACUUUUGCGCCGCCAGGCUCCGCCAAACCCUCGUCGUCUGACCACUAUUGCUGAGCGCAUGGGUGCUAUUGGGUAUGAGAUCGAUACCGAGAGCAGUGGCUCUCUCCAGAACAGCCUGUUCCAGGUCGAGGACGAUGACAUUCGCAAGGGAAUGGAGACGCUUGUGAUCAAGUCGAUGCCACGAGCCAAGUACUUCGUCGCCGGUAAACUGCCUGAGGAGCAGUACCCACACUAUGCCCUGAACCUUCCGUUAUACACUCAUUUCACCAAUCCAUCGAGGCGUUAUGCGGACAUCAUUGUUCAUCGCCAGUUGGAGGCCGUACUGUCUGAGGGUGCGAUCGAAUUCACCGAAGACAUUGAGGUUUUGGCAAAGACUGCUGAGAUGUGUAACACAAAGAAAGACUCGGCUCAUGCCGCUCAGGAGCAGAGUGUGCACAUUGAGGCGUGCCGCAAGAUGGAUAAGGCCAGGCAAGAAGCGGGUGGUGACCUGAUUGCAGAAGGUAUCGUCCUUUGCGUCUACGAAUCCGCCUUCGAUGUGCUCAUCCCCGAGUGGGGCUUCGAGAAGCGUGUCCACUGCGACCAGCUUCCCCUGAAGAAGGCCGAAUUCGACAAGAACAAGCGUCUGCUCGAACUCUACUGGGAAAAGGGCGUCCCUUCGUCUUCGUAUAUUCCCGAAGAUGAGAGACCUAAGCACGGGUCCAUCCGGGCUGCAAACGCCGCUGCUGCUGCACGUGAGGCAGAACAGGCCAAGCAGCGCGCCAAGGAACAGGAGGAGGCACAGCGCAGGCAGAUGGAUACCGGUACCAUGCCCACCAACGAAGAAGCUGGAUUGUUCGACGAUGACGACGAUGAGUCUGAUUCUGGUAACCUCAACUCGGCCAUGGCAGGCGUUUCUUUGAACCCUGACCGCCCUACCCAGAGCAUGCCUCCCUCGCCAACCAGGCGCGAGCUGUCGAGCUCAGGCCCGCAUCGCGUCAACUCUGAUUCGAAGCUUGCGCAGAGCUCCAGCGAGACUCCCGAGGCCAAGCUGUCGAACAAGGAAAAGUACUUGAGCUGGUUCACCCUGCGUGAGGAGAAUGGCGACUAUAUCCAGGAUGUGCGUGAGAUGAUGCGUGUUCCAGUCAUCCUUAAGACGGAUCUGACGAAGAGCCCUCCAUGCUUGACCAUCCGCUCCCUGAACCCUUAUGCUCUCUGA